AUGACAGAAAUCCCCCUGCUGCAGACGCAUGCUGUCCCUCAGCUAAGCCCAAGGGCUCCCUUUGCGCCCGUUCCGUACCCCAUCCCCAACGGCCACCCGGCCGUCGACCCCUCUGAGCCGGACGAUGAGCCCAUCUCCGACACGAUAAAGUGCAUCUGCGGUUACGAGCUGGAUGAUGGCCACAGCGUCUUCUGCGAGCUCUGUCGAACGUGGCAACACGUGCACUGUUAUUACGAGGGCCAGCAUGCGAUCCCGGCCAUCCACGAGUGUGUCGACUGUCACCCGAGGGCCAUGGACAUGCAACGCGUCAACACACGAAAGGAAAAGUUCAGGACCGGGGAAUACAUGAUUGAAGACGAGAAGGAGGAAACGACCAAAGCCCGACGACCGGCAACCAAAAGUCACAAGAAGAAGUCCAAGGACACCAAUGCUGCCGCCCAGGUAAACGGCGUCUCAUACGAUCAUGACGCCUAUCCCGGCGUGCAUCGCAAAAGCGGAAGCCCGAGAGACCAGCAGCCUCCUACGAAACGGCCAAAACCGACCCACAAGAGCACGGGCUCCGUUGCCUCUCUCAACCACGCUGCCGUCAACUCGAGUUCGCGCAAACGUGCCACUUCGGCAGUGCAGCCCAUCCACAGCCCGGUCAAGUCGCCGACGACGCCUGUGCCCAACGGCUACUCUGGCGACUACUUCUCUCCCGAAUUUUUGCAGCUAUAUCGACGGCCCGAAUACGACCAUAUCGAAGCAAACUCGUACAGCGACCUUGGGAUUGCCAUGGUACUUCGGACGUGGGUUUCCGACCCGGAGGAGACAAAGAAGGCCAGUGGAGGCAAAACGCCCGGCGAAAUAUUCCAUGGCUACAAUGGGGAUCUCAAGGAUCUGGAGGAGACUGGACCGCAGCUGAAGGAAAAUACCGGCACUGGUUCGCAACCUUCCGUCCAAGGAGCCUGUCCCACGUGGAAGUGGGUGACGACGGAAACCUUUGUCCAUCAAGGCGGAUUCGUCGGCGAACUCAAAGGGCAGAUCGGUCGCAGAGAGGACUAUUGCUCGAAUCCAAACAACCGAUGGCAAACACUUCGGCAUCCGGAGCCUUUUGUUUUUUUCGUGCCUUUCCUCCCGCUUUAUGUCGACACGAGACAGGAGGGCACAUUGCUCAGAUAUGUGCGACGGAGUUGUCGGCCUAACAUACGCUUGCAGACUAUAAUCACGAAUGGAUCCGACUACCAUUUCUGUUUCAUCGCAAUGGAGGACAUCCUGCCAGGCGAAGAGAUAAGCAUCGCGUGGGAUAUCGAUAAGGAAGUUCACAAGGCCCUGGGGGCUUAUGUGCAGAACGGCAACGCCCACGAACGUGGUUUGAUAGAAGUCGAAGCGGUCUCCCAGUGGGUCGCGGGCGUCCUGUCCAACUUUGGUGGCUGUGCAUGCAAACUUCCGCCGACGGAAUGUUUCCUUGCUCGUGCUGAUCUGCGGAAUGGCAUUUAUCUCAGUCACCACGCGAAGCAUGGACACAAAAAACCAAGAAAAAACGGCACGCAUGUCUCACCUUCGAGUACCGGACAUGCGACGAACAGCCGAGCAGGCAGCGAAGCCCGCAUCCGCGACAGGCACUGCGAGCACCCAGAGGACGAGAACGGCGACAGCCGAUCGGUCUCGGGCUCUUCUCGAAGCAAACCGACCAGCCGCGACAUCACGCCCAUGACGCACGUUUCAAACGACAACCCCGCCGGACUCGGGGUGGAGAUGUCGGAUCGCGAAAAGCGAAAACUGAUGCAGCAAGAAAAGCUCUUUGAGCAACUCGAGCACGACGAACAACAUGCGCAAAAGAAGAGAAAGAGGAACAGUGCCGGCUCGGCUCUCAACACACCAGGUCGAACCAGUGGGCGUUCUCGACGAGAGCCGCCCUCGGCCAAGAAGCCUCAGUACCAAGACUCGAGCAUGCAGACCGAGCCCGACGACGAGUUUCCUUCGCUGGUGCCUGUUCGUGUGGAGCGACGCAAGCCGAAAGGCUCGUUCUUGCGAACGCUCUUGCAACGCACUCAUGAUGGCAGGAUUGAGCGAGAGCGAUCGGAGUCGGUCCUGCGCAACCAACCAGACGCGCGGACGCAGACUGACGGUGAGAAAAUGGAUGUCGACGAAUCGGCUUCCUCGCCCAAGACUGUCUCAUCUAAGCCCGCGACAUCCCCCCGCGAGCCAACUCCAGUUUCCCCAGUCAAUAUUUCUGCGCCGAAACCGCCAUCGACGCCGCUCAAAGCCGAAGACGAUAUCGAGAUGCAAGAUGCGCCAGCGGCCGCAGAGACUGAACCCCGAAAACUUGACACCCCCGUAUCCCCCAGAACCAUGUCCCCUCCUCGCUCUUCCACCGAAAGCAAUAGGCAGACCUCACAUCCUCCCCUUCCUCCACCUCCCCCACCGUGGUCAUUGGGCCCUUCAUCCACUCUUGCUGUGCCGUCUGCUUCUUCAACGGCUUCAACGGGAGAAAAAUCCGUUUCUCCUGACCCAAACACCCCUUUUCCUCCCCCUCCAACCUUCCGAACUACAACCCCACCUCCUGCGGAUGAAGCCUUCACCUCAAAUUCUACCACCACUGGCGGCGUCAUUGGAUCGCCCUCUCUUCUCACCCACUCAGUUUCAGCAUCAAUAUCCUCCCCCGAAAAUCACAUAGUACCGGUUGUUACGCCCAGUCCGGUUCAACGCAAAGCAAAAAUGAGCCUUAGCGACUGGACCAAGAAAAGGAAAGCAAAGGAAAAGGCGGCAAGUGCAGAGCACGAAGUCCCUGGGGGCGCGGAGGAGACCCACAGGGUCGAAGAGAAGGAAAAAGAGCGGAGCGCAGACAGCGCCGCACCCCUUGCUUCUAUUCCUGCGAUUGCGGAAGUGGCGGCAGAAAGGCCUGUCAAGAUGGAUUCGCCGUUGCCGGCGCCAAUGGCGCCCAUGACGACGGAAAUCACGACGGGUGAGAGGAGGGAGGACAAUGUACCACCACCACAUAGUAGCCAGGAGUCGGAGGGCGGCGGCAAGCCGUCAGACGACAGCGGCAUCUGAUAGUCCUCUUUAUAUCCCUAGCCACUUUUUUUGUUUCUUUCUCUUUUUUUUUUCCUCCCCAAUUUCGCUCUCACUCACGCUUGAUGCCCGCUUUUUUUUU